GGAUUGAUGGAGUGACGAAUACAAAUUCUUGUUUAGUGUGUAAAAUUUAAAAUAUAUAAAUUAUUAUCCACGCACAAUGGAAGACCCGACAUCAUCCGAUGUUGAUUCCGGCAAACUCCACCCCGUUGAAGAAGCCCAGCUCGAUGUGGACCGGCGUUUGUUUGGUGGUCUGGAGUUUCAAGUGUCUGAAGUUGUGGGUAGAUUAGAAGCUGUCGUUAACGCGCAGGAUAGUCCUGAAGAUGAGCCGGAGAACCGGAAAUUCAGUACCAACUCCUUCGAGCCGGAAGAAACCCCAAUGGACGAAAUUUUGAAAGUUCUGGAGGACAUGGUUGUGAAAACCGACCCAAGCUGUGAUAGUUCAGAUCCACCUUUAUUGCCGACUGAUCCAAUAACCCGUGCUGCUAUACUAUCGCACAGUAUAAUGGCAUUGUUUGGGAGACUGGAAAGAAGUCAUGCUGCUAGGCUUGGAGCACAUAUCGCAAGUGAAUCAACACUGUGGCUCUCACACAUGUUUAAAUUAUCAGACUACAACGCGUUCUAUCACCAGGAGCACUUCGAGGGCAUGGUGCGCGUGACGAGGAUGUUAAUAAACCAUAGAUACCCUCGCUAUGUCGAAGAUGGUGCUCUGGCGUUCACCAACCACCUCCCAUCAAUAUACAGCUGCAUGGCAAGUCCGAUGCUGGUCAUUCAACACCUGUGCCGACAGCUGGCGCUUCCUCUCUCCUGCGUAAGACCUGUGCCUGCCGACCCCUCAGGUCGAGGUAUGGAUCUUGCUGCUUUAGAGAAGUUCUGCGAAGAAGACCUCUCCAAUAAUCGAAUACCACUCCUAGUGAUUGGGGAGGUGGGUGCGCCUCCGCUGGGCACCACUGCGCCGCUGGUCUCUCUUGCCAGGAUAUGCAAGAAGAAUAACAUAUAUUUAUAUUUGAGAGGGCAUGCAUUGGCUUUGCCUGCCGCUUUGGGUAAUAGCGAUCAGAAAUUUACCAUAGCAGAUGCACUCACAUUAACUCCGGGACUUUGGUUUGGUGUUCCGGGUCUUCCAACUGUUACUUUCUAUAGAUUACCAGAAGCUGUCACAUGGCAUGAUCACAGCACUCAAGCGUCCGGAACGCGGGAAGGAGCGCUCCUGGCGAUCUCAGGGCUGUCAAACAGCGCUAACAAGCUGUCUGCUUUGCCGGUGUGGACGUGCGUACGAGCGGGUGGCACGCGGCGGUUGGCCCGCCGCAUCGAAUACGCGUUCCGUUCUGCCCGCGCGGCUCGCACGCUGCUACACUCUGCACAGCUGCGACUCAUUAGCGAUAGACCCGGAGGCGAUGAACUACCGAACGUAGACAUUGUUGAAGCAGUAAGUGCGGCGUCAGCGUGCGUGGUCUUCCAGUUCGCGCCGGCUGGAGUCCAGCGUCCACCACCAUACUACGACAAGCUCAACUCGUGGCUCGGACAAGUUCUGCAGCGGGAAACUGAUAUGAUAAACAUAGAAGUAUGCGAGACUGAGGAUUAUGGUGUUGUGCUACGAUACUGCCCCCUGGAGGAUUCGACUAGAGUUCUGGACGGUGAAAAACUGGAGGCCUGGGCUUGUGCCCUAGAGGCCCAGCUGCACGUCUUGCACGCGACCGUCAACCUGCGGGAGCCCUUCCAGAAGAAGCUGGCGCAGCACGACUGUCUCAAGUUGGUGCACGUACCGGGCUGGGCAGGUUUGGGUGGUGUCCGCUACGUGCCGCCGGGAUGGGAACACGCGCCCCCUGAGGAGCUCAACUCGUUGAACCAGAAGCUGGUGGACACCUUACGGGCCACGGACGGCGCCUUCUCCUGUGGCGAGGGCGAGGAUAAGAUGGCUUGUGUCAGAUUCGGCAUGGUGACAGCGGACACAGACGUGGAUGAGCUGCUAGAGCUGGUGAUUUCUGCGGGCAAGGAUGUGGAGGAGCGUUCCAAGGUGCUCACAGACAUGACAGAGGUUUUGAAGAAAGGUAUCGAGGCUGCUCAGGAGGAAUUGGAGCGCGAGGCGUGGAACGAGGGUCUGCUGCGACGGGUGCCAGUGGUGGGGCGAGUGGUGUCGUGGUGGGCUCCUCCCCCUCCUCCCGCCGGCCGCCGCCUGCUGCUUACACACGGGACCCUGCAGAGCACCAGGGAUCUGUACAGUUGCGCACAAAAUAAGGACACAGACGAGGAACCGGCGCGUGCGCACCCCGCCCCCAGUGACUAGAGUGCGGGCGUCAAAUACCAGUAUUAAUACCGCGUCGUUUGCCCUUUGCCCAUCAUUAUAAAUUGGAGCAGUUGGUAUCCCUCGUGUCUCAAGACGUGGCCGAAAUAUACACUCUUCUCUUCUUGACGGUCUGCAGUAACUCCCGGCUUGGUUUCAAAUAGCUCGAGUUUUCCAUUGGAGCCUUUUUCUGAAAUGUAUAUUUGGAAGUAAGGUAGGUAUCGAUUUGAAAUCGCAACAAAUGUCAAGUAGGAAUCACUACUGACUUUUUCUCAUUCAGUCAAAACUCAUGUACAGUGUACAUGCGGAUUGAUGUCUUUUGAGGUUUAUUUUAUGAUUUCUUUUUAAUUUUAUUGGGAAAUAAAAUUGUAUGUCGACUUUGAAAAUAAAGAUUUAAAUCGCUUCUGCAUAUAGUAAUGUUUUAUUAUUAAUAUAAUUUCAUUAAAGAUUUCAAUUCUCUUAUAACAAUAUGUUGUUAUAUUUAAAAUAUCCUACAUAAUAUAUAUUUUAUUAACUCCAUCAAAUUAAAUAGAAUACCUCUUUUGAAAAUUUUUCAAAGUUAACGUCAUAGUGUUUCUGGAUACCGAGAUGUACAAAAUUUAUCACUUACAUCUACACUUUUGUUAUCAUUUUUGAAAAUGUAAGAGGAAUAGUAAAUAAUUUAUUUUAGGGCGUAGAGAGGUGCUUUAUAUUACUAGAUAUCGCAUCGCACUCCGUUGGAAUAACGAACUGUCAUAGUACAACAUUUCAGUCCGAUCUCAUAAGUAAGAUUGUUUUGAACCCAGAUUAUAAUAUGUAAAUUUUAAUUUCUUAAUCCCUAUUGUACAUAGGAAAAAAAACCUUCUGUUUCAUUCAUACAAAUAACAAUUAAUCAUAAUUCAAUAUUAUAAUUAUUAAGAUUUUUAUCGUCAAAAGUUCUUAUACUGAUAGUGUUGUUAGUUAUUUUGGGGGUAGGUAUUAAUAUCACGUAAUUGUAUUUAUUCAUAUAACAUUCAAAUUAAUGUAAUACUUAUAAUAUUAAAAUAUAAUGAAUAUUUAGAAUAAUAAAUAACAUACAUAUGAUUAAAUAUUAUUCAAAUAAAUAAUUUUCAGCAGCUCAUUGAUAUAAUAUAGCUUAACAAUUUUAUUAUUCCAUGAUAUGCACGUAGACAUUUGAUAAGUAUAUGGUUUAAACUAAGCAUUGUACAGUGUGCAAAAUACUGUAGUUAAAUAAACGCAAUAAACUGAGGCAUUAAUAAUAUCUUUAUUAUUGUGUUUAAUUAUAAUAAAUUGGUAGAAAAUGUUAAUGGUUUGUGUGUUACUUACUCGAAAUUUGAAAAUGCGCAAUUCAAAUUAUAGUUCAACGGUACUAUGAAAUUGAAGGUAGGUACUGUACACUUGAUCUUUUUCUUAAUUUUAUUUGCAAUUUCAGUAUGUAAUUAGUUUAAUGUUAAAUAAUCAAGUUACCACAAAUAUGUAUCUAGAUUUAGUACAAAUGUAUAUUAUUGUAACAAUUAUAAUUGAUUUCAUCUGAAUAACGCGCUUAGCAAUAAUAAAAUUUAAUAAUUGUAUUUUAACACAAUCUACAUGAUUGCGAGAGAAUGCUAAGAGUGUUUUAUUUCUCGACUUGUCUCUGGUUAAUGUUCUAGGCUCCAUUUAGUGCUCGACCGUCGGUCAAGUGUAGCUUAAACAAUUAAAACUUGAUCGCAUAAAAAUAGAUUCAUUUUUCUUCGCAAUUGUACACGCGUAAACAAGUUUGCCGUCAGUUGAAAACAUGGUCAGCGCUCACCGUCCGCGUCGUUCGAGCACUAAUACCAUCCCUAAUGUUUCAAUGUCAUUUAGACAAUAUGAGAGGGUGUAUAUGUUUAUUGAAGUCAAUCGAUGAACGAUUAAAUCGAAACAAUUUCGUAAUUUCUAUCAUAAUUUUGUCUUACAUAUAGUCUGAUUUAUUUAUUAAACUACGUAGGUUGUUUAUGAUAAUAAAUAAUAUUGUACGUU